AAUAUUAUAGGCCUACUUAGACCUAUGUAUUGUGAAGUGACACUUUCAUAAACGUUUCUAUACUCCUCUGAUAAUAUAAUGGUAAAUAUUACAAUAUCAAAGCACAACAACAGUGAUCAGCAAUAAUGAUAAGCCUUAAUUAGAAGUUUCCACAAGUCCCUUCACUCGUUUGGGAUGAUCUCUUUUAUUCUGGACGGCAAGGGCAGUGACUGUAACAUCGAGCGUAUUUUGUAGUAUUAAACACCUAUUUAUACCGACUUCAUCUGGCUCCGAAAAUUCUUCAAAAAGAACACAAAGAAUGUCCUUCUCAGCUGCCAUAGUUGUAACUCAUGCGUCAUCAGAACAGGGUGUUCAACGCACCUCCGUUUCCGUUUAAAAACGUUGCAAAACAUCCUUAUCCCCCGGCCCAUAUCAAAUCUCUGACAGGUACCGUGAGACAACUGGACUGAAGAACCGUUAUAAAGCGAACGAAUUGCUUUUUGAAAAGAAUACCAAAACCAAAGAAGUCAAUAACUUUGAACGUAAACGAAUGUUCAGUAGUGUCAAACGCUUUAUAGAAAUCAAUGAAUAAUAUAAAAGACUCAACUGGGAUAAGGUGUCUAUAAUCAAUUAAAUCUAAAAUGAAUCUAAUAUUAUUUCCAAUAUAACAGCCUUUCAGAAAACCUGACUGCUCUUCAUCAAUUAUUUUAUUCAGAUAUUUCUUAAGUCGUUUUGCAAAGAUUUUGCAAAAAAAAAAAAAAAAAAAUAGUAUCAUUAUUUAACAAACUAAUUGGUCUCCAAUUUUCUAAGAAUAGUUUAUGUUUGUUAGGCUUGGGUAUAAGUGUAAAUACCCAUUGUUUUAGUGAUGCGGGCAUUUCUCCUAAAUCAAUUGCUUCUUUAACAGCAAGUAAAAAGGGUGCAAGAUUAAUACAAACAUUUUUAUAGAAUUCCUCUGUCAAGUCAUAAUUUCCAGGAGACUUAUUGUCUUUAAGACUAUUUAUACAAUUUGUAAUUUCCACAAUAUUUAAUUCUUUAUCACAUAAUUGUUUUGUAGUCUGAUGUAAUCUUAUUAAUACUUGUUUAUACAUUACUAAGAAAAAAAAAAUCUGCAUCAUUUAGUUGAUUAUUUGAACUAUACAAUUUACUAUAAAAUUGAUUAACCAAACAACAAAUAUCAUUGGGAUUAUCAUUAAGUCCGUUUAUUAAUUUGUUUACAGAAGUUAUUUCUCUAUUUCUUUUCUUCUAAACCAAAAAAGUAUUUAGUAUUUUUUUUCUCCUGCUUCCAUCCAUUUUUAUCUAGACCUAAUAAAAGCACCCCUAGCUUUCUCUUCAUAAAUAUUAUCCAGUUCAUUCUGCAAUGUAGCUUUAACAAUACAGUGCUUGACAUAUUUUGGUUAUUUCUAAGUGAAGUAUAUUAUUUCAUUAAUUAUUAUUUUGUUUUCAUUUUCUUUUUUCUUUUUCUUAAUGGAGUAUUUUUCUGAAUAUGGUCUAUGUUGAAUGUGUCUCUUUUUAUCUGUUGGCCAAUAGCGUUACUGCUCGCCUUAUGACAAACCUUCACGACCAAUAAAGAUGUUUCUGUCAGUCUGAGAUUCAGAAAUAAAGUGUUGGACUCUUUCAGUUCAUCAGUGAAUCACUGUAGAGCUCGUCUGGAAUAUGAAUGACAAACAUGUUUCACACGAUCUCGUUUAAAAACAUCUUCUUUAUAGCAUUAGUCUGGAUUAUUUCUCACUCUUGUCUAAGUGAUGCGCAUCAAGAGAGACAUUACCUCCGAUACAUGUUUACAGCCCUGACCAAAGCAGACACAUUCCCAGAGUUCAGUGCUAAGGCAGAGUCUGAUGACAAACAGAUCGCUUACUACAGUAAUGAAAAAAAGAGCCUGGGUAAGAAAGAAUCUGACUGACUGGACCGAAGCUCCAGAACCACCUGAUUCUAGAGAAAAGUUCCUAAAUCUGCUGCACUCUCUGUCAAAGUCCACAACUGGGGAUGAUCAUGUUCUUCAGAGAACAGUUGGCUGUAAACUGGAGAAACAUCCUAAUGGAACAGUGAAAAGUCUGGUGACCUUUGAUAAAUAUGGAUUUGAUGGAGAGGAUUUGAUUACCUUUAAUCCUGACACUAUGAAAUGGAUUGUUGAUGCCAAAGAAACAAAAAAGGAAUGGGAUCAUCAAAUUAGACGCAACAAACCCAUCAAGUAUUUCCGCAAGACCUGCACUGACUGGAUCCUCACAUUUAACAACACAAUAAAGAUUAAACCAGAUGUCUUUGUGAGGAAAGCUGCUGCUGAUGAUGAAAGUAAGAUAGGUUCUGACGUGUCUGGCCACUGGUUUCUACCCCAGAGAUGUUCAGAUGAACAUUAGAUUGAACAGAAACUGUUCUUGAGAACCAAACAUCUUCUGGAAUCAGACCAAAUGGUGAUGAAGCCUUUCAGAUGAGAAUCAGUGUGAAGAUCGACAGAAACCA